UAUUUGUAAUUCGGUGAAUCAGUGUUGAACAAUUUCAUAUAAUCCUAGGUGCCAGACAAGCAGCAUGAUUAUCGAUAAUCAAACUAUUUGACGGCUGCUUCUGACAAGCCAUUUCCUGAAAGUCACAUCCUGUCUUUUUGUUUGAAGCUCUGCUCGAAUCAGUUCGUGUGCUCAAUUUAAUUUGGCAUUCAAUAAGAUAAAUACGAAACAUUGCAAUGAAUCCGUUGAUGGUUGGCCAAAAUGCCGCCGCAUUUAACAGCGACCAGUCGCUGUCUCGCGCAGGCCUGGCAAUAGCCAAUUUAUACAAGUAUCCGACCACCAGCUCGCUGCUGACGGCCAUCCAUGAGGUGGCGGACAAUCCUGUGCUGCAGUAUCAGCUAGAUUUUCCGAUUGGCCAGUAUAUGGAAUAUUUCGUGCAUUAUUGCAUUCGCGUGCCAGCGGCCCAUCUGCUGUCUCGCCCCUUGCAGCUCCGAGUGGGCCUCCUAUGUAUGCGUUUCGUGAAAUAUUACGCACGCGAAUUGCGUAUGCGGCAAAUGCGCAAUUCGACAUGGCGUCCGCUUUUCAUUCAUUCACUGACUUCAUACAACAUUGCCAACAAACGCAAGCCAUCGUGUACGGAAAUGUCCGGUGCCAAACGUUUCUGUCAUAAUAAUACGGAUCUGGAUGCGAUCCAAUCAUAUCCUAUAUCAAAUACCAAUAUUGUCGAUCAAAAAACCAACUAUAAGUUAUCCACCCAUUACAUGAACUCCCCCACCGAUAUGACCGACGCCCCGCAACAAACGAAGACCAAACCCGAUCACUCCGUGGAGCUGGCCUUGAUAGACAGCAUCGAACGCAGUGUCAGCAUAUUGAGAACCCAGUUUGGAGGAGAAGCUGAGAAAAUGGAUCAAGCUAAGCCCAACGUAGACGAUCGCCAGGAGACUGACGAUUCCUCCGAUACAUCAUCGUCCGGAUCGGAUGACACGGAACUAGUGGAAGUUCAGCCAAAGCCCGAGCUCACUCCACUCGGCGGUGGCCUCACCAUCACUGUGCCACACGGCCGGUCUUCACAAUCGGACUCGCCCGUCGAAUCGGAGGGCUGUGACCAGGGCAUGGCUCCGGCUGCGCCCAAGCCGGCUUCGCCGGUCGACUCGUCGUCGACCUGUGAGUAUUCGGAAAGCGAUUCUAGCAAGGCAUCGCUGGAUUCACCUGAAUCAUUGCAAUCACAGUUUCAAGCUACACGCAGGCGUCAGCGUCGCGCUUUGCCUGCUAGCGAUAACGCUCGCAACUCGACUAGUGCGAACGAUGGCCAGGCUCAGGUUGCUGCAACAGCAGGAGGAGGAUUUGAUUACAGCGACCACGCCCCCCAGCCUAUUCAGGUCUUGGCUCACGCUCACGUUAAUCCUGAAGCUCGGGCUCGUGCUCAAGCUCGAGCUCUGGCUAAAGCUAAAGCCAAGGCCCAGGCCGCGGCUGAGGCCCUGGCAGCGGUUGAGAUCCAGGCAGCGGCUGACGCCCAGGCAGCAGCUGAGGCGCACGCAGCGGCUGAGGCCCAGGCAGCGGCUGAGGCUCAGGCCAAAGCGAAAGCUCUGUCAGACGCCCGGAUCCAGGCUCUGAAAAGAAAUUACAAUCAAAUUCUGGCCGAUGCUCAGGAUCGUGCAAGGUCUCAUGCCUUUGUUAUGGCCCAGGCUAAGAUGGCCCUCACAUCGCCGCAGACCUUUAAGUGCCAGAUGGGCGAUAUUUCGCCCCAGGUCCAUGUAGCCCAUACCUCGACGCACGCUCAGAUGGCCCAGCCUGGACUUCAGGCUCACGAACAAUUGAAGCGUAAAAAUACGAAGAGCUAUCUGACCAGUCGUCUGGCCAUUAUCGAAAGGCGUCUCGAUGCGCCAUGCAGCAGCGAAUUGGCCAUGAAGCUGCAUGCUGAGCAUGCUCAGGUUCGUCGCAAGCUUAUGAAUCUGGGUACCGACAUGAAUAUCAUCCCCAGCCCAAAGCCACAGCCGGGCAUCAUGUCAGACGCUAGCUCGAGCUCCUCGCUCAGUGACACUCUGGAGCACAUGUCGAUCAAUGGGAAGAAGAAGGCCACCGACGAGAAUGUUGACCGCAAGGGUGGCAAACGCGUCAAGCACAGCACCGAUACACAAUUUGACUUUGAGCUCCUGGAUGGGGCUGCUGCCCAGAUGCCCGAACAGCGUCGCACUAAUAUACCGCAGACUAGCGCCAGACAGCUGCCUCUAAGCAUGCCUUCGAAUGGGGCCGCAGCUCAAGCCGGGACCGGGACCGGUACCGGGACCGGGACUGGGCGCAAGUCGUCCUCUGGAGCUCGGCGCGCGCCUGCCAAGCUUCUGUCCGACGCUGAUCGCACCUCGCUUAUCAAUAGCAUGAACAAAAUCAAAAGGGAUCUGAGAGAGGCCCUGGAUCAGCUGCAGAUGCGCAUGGUGUGCAUCCACAGCCGCUUGGAGCAGCCCUGCACCAGCCGCGAGGGCACGCGUCUGAACGCAGAGCUGGCGAACAUUGAGGGGAAGAUCAAGCGCAUUGAAUCCGCCAUGGGCACCUCGCGGAAUGACCCCGACAUGGUUAUUGAGACGUCGCUAAGCGACAGCGAGGAAGACGAUCCGUUUGUCUACAAGCCCCCAAAAACAUCAUCGCAGAACACCACAGCCAAUGAGUCGGGAUUCUUGGAGAGCACUCGCUUGGAUCUCACAAUGCCAUCAUCGUCUGCGAAUUCGGAGACCACUGGCCAGAAUUCGGGCAUGAUGCCGAAAAACGAUUCGGGCAUUGCUGUGGCUGGUGUGGGCCUCUCAUCCACUAAGAAGUACCAGGAGCCGCAGGUCCAAACCAAGCAGCGUGAGCAGACACAGCUACGCUAUUACCGGCGGCAGCCUGAGACCUCUAACUCUGACGAUUCCUCUGCCGAAUCCUUGGUCUCGAGUAAGGUGAAUAAGAAAGCCGUUGGCAAUGCUGGCAAGGCUGGCGAUGAAGAUGAUGAGGAGGAUGAUGAGGAGGAUGAUGAGGAUGACGAGGAGGACGACGAGGAGGAUGACGAUGAGGAUGACGAGGAGGAUGACGAAGAAGACCCCGUGCCACCUCCAAAGAAAAACUGCCCCUCCUACAAACAGAAAACUAACUAAAUUUUCAAACUAACCUCACAUUUUGCACAGACUCAAGGAAGUCACUCUGUACAGCUGUACGCGAAUAACAACCCAUCAAAAAAAUAUCAUAUCAUACAAACUCACAUUUUGCACAGACUCAAGGAAGUCACACAAAUAUCAUACAAGCUAAAGCCUAACUAGAUAUGAUUACAAAUAUUAACUCAAGGAAAUCGAACUCAGGGAAGUCGAACUCGGGGAGUCCAACUCAAGCACACCAAAUACUAAAAUUGUAUGGAAAUAAAAUCAUACAAACUCAAA